CAUUUGCCCGUGCGCAGUUCGAGCGGGAUUCGUCCUGAUUGGCACUGGCCAUUGUGCCUGGCUGCCAUGUUUUGUUAAACUGUGGGGUGUGUUGAAGAAAUUCCACGUUUAAACAUCAACCCCGUACUCUAAGGUUCACAAUGGGGGGCACAAGAACUCAAGUUCUGCAGUGAAUCAACGAAGAAUCUGUUACUAACGAUUGUUUUUGAUGUUGACUUAUUUCGCAUUUUCUCGAUUUUGAUUUCGUUAUGGAUUCUGUUGCCGUUUUCACUUUAUAAUUUUACGAUGCGUCCCAAGGAGGAGCGUUGCACUCUAGUACGCCCCAAAGAAGUUGAGACGCAUACCUCACGUGAACCACUCAACUGCUGCAUGGCUCAUCAUCAUUAUUUUUUAUAAACCAGUACCGCGUUGACAUCUCCGGGGGAACGUCUGGUUCAUAUUUUCACCAUGAUGUGUUUGUGUGCAGCAUAUUAUGAAGUAUCCGCAACUAGUGUCCAUGCCCUCGGCAGUUUCUGAUUGGCUAGAGGAACAGUUGGAAGCUCGUGGAAUAGAUGCUGUAGUAUAUACUCGUUACAUACUAAGUCUUUUACACAGCGAUACUGUAGAUGUCAUUUAUUCUGAUGAAGAUCUACAUUUUUCUCACUUGAAAAAGGAAGUGAGACGAUCGGGUGGAAGUCGUAAGCGCUUUCGUCGCUCCUCUGACUGGUGGAAGUAUGCACAAGCUGAUGCUGAAAAGCUCAAACGAUCUGCUGCUGUAGAAUGUUUGAUGUCCGCUUCUGAACAGACUUGUGGUAUAGAAUCCCUCAUCGACGAGUUAUGCGAGAAGCUGAACGAAAUCAAGAGUGACGUGCACAACGUCGAUCCGCCCACAAAAAAAGCGAAUCCAGAGCUUCAACAGGUUUCCCCCCAAGAGUUGGCCAAACGCUACUACGCCGCUUUCCCUCCGCUUAACCGCAACACAUCAGCCUCUCCCUCCAAAUUGAUUUCAUUGAUACCCAAGUGGAUACCGUCGCCUAAAAAGAAACCCGCCUCAAACCGCAAACAGAACAAUCGUUCGUACGAAGACACGAUGAAAGCGAAUCGAACCGCCGGCAAGCAACGCUACGGCACGUACUUCUCCGGCCGCAGCAACAAUAACAAGAAGGAUGCAGUCCGCGACAGCGAUUGGAGCAUGUCGAAGAAGUCCCGCACGGAAGCCGUGCCGAAGCCGGACGACGCCAACUCGGAUUGGAACAUGAGCGAAGAUGCCAACCUGUACGACGACCUGCCGGUGGACAUCAAGGAGCUACUGGACGACUCGCCGACCAGCCACGACGUCACUGUGGAGAUGAUGAACCUGGCGAACAUGCGUGACACUGGACGGAGGGGUUUCAUCCCGUGCGGGACCAACAUCACUAGCUCCAUUUGGACGAACGAGGCGGCCAUGGGGGAGGACAACGCCCUCUUCGACAACAACUACAACUCGGCCAUCGUCGGCUCCGACUCGGUGCUUGAUCUGCAGUUCAGCUCGAUCACGAUCAAUAACAAGGCCGACUGGUCGAGCGACUUCACUUUCGUGAGGGACAACGAAUGCAAUUCGUUUUUCGAGAACUCGAAGAGGAACGUCUGGGAUUUACCGAGCAGCGGACGGUGGUCGGAUGAUAGCGGCUGUUUCGAGGAUGACCACGCUCUCAACCACUUCACUUUAAGUUUGGUCAAACUUAACCACAGCAAGGAAGUCAGCGCUUUUGCAGAGAUCAUCCCGAAGAAUCGCACGCACCACUUCAAUCCUUUCUCGAAGGUGAUCGGCUCGGGGAUUCACAGGGACACUUCGUUGAAGACCGUCGAUCUCGAUAAAGAGAAAGACGAUUUACUCACUUCGGUUCACAGCCAUUUUCGGCCAAUAAACGAGAAGCUCGAUAGCUACUUGCAAGGGGCGUACGCAGAUGGCGCCACUUUCGUCGUGUCGAACAGCUGGGAUAAGAUCAACUAUCGCAGGACGGAGAGUGGGGCGAUGUAUAUGGAGAACGACUAUAGUAUGCGGAAGAAAUACUGCGAGUACAAGGUGAAGAACGGGCCGACUAAUAUGGAGUUCGUUUUGAAAUAUCUGGUGUGCCAGAACGAUAAGGGUUGUCAGACUGAAGAUGUGGACGCCGAAGUGGAGGCUAUUAAUUCGGAUCGUGAAUUAAAAGAUGAGCGUCGCGCUGAGGAGAAAGCGGCUUCAUACAACUGUACUUGCAGGACCUUGGCCACGAACACGGAUCAUUCUCUCGGUGAUUGUCUUGUACACCCUAAUAGACCGGACAGUGCGGGUCUGUCGGAAUUCAUGUGGCAACAACAGUCGUGCGACAAAUGCAAUAAUAAUUCGUCGUUUUGGAACAUGGAUGGCUUGAAAAACGACAGAAAGGAAUUGGGCUGGCAGUUCGGGACCAUGAGCAAAAUCUGGAGCGGUGGAGUGGUGUGCCACGCAUGUUUAGGCCGACCUCCUUCGACUUUGCAGCAUAGCAAACUCCGUGAAGACAUCAGUCAAGACGGCGAUCAACUCCUGUCCGACUUGAGCACCAUUCAGAAAUCGUACAUGCAAGAAAGUCUACCGGUGACCGAGUUCACUUGCGACAUCAGUGAAUUUCUUCUGCCCAAAGAACGCAAGCGUCGCCAUUCGUUGAUGGCGACGCAAAUGGACGACUCGUGGAGCUUCGCAUCCCGUCUAGAAGAAGAUUGCCUCAUACAGAUGUCUACGAUACCUACGUUGCGUUCGGUCACCUUGUAAACGGGGUAGGUCAAUCGAAAUCUCUCGGUAACACACGGCCGAUCAGUGGCGUAGGAUCAUACGUCACCGCAAAACGUGGUACUGCCAUAUUAAUUUCAGUGCAGUCUUAAAUGUUGUCCCUGUCCAUUAAAAAAUCUUUCCCCUUUUCUUGAGACGGGCAAAUAUGUGACGCUCGUGUGUUAUCGAUUGUUAAUAAAUUAUUAAAUCAAUUGUGAAUAGCGGGCGGUCGCGCAAGACCAGUGAUGCUUUUUGUUGUUUUGUUUAUUUUGGUUGUUUUUUUUUAAAGAUGCUUGAGUUGUGGGGCGACAUGUCUUGCGCGGACCGCCAUUUGUAUACAGUUAUUUAUAUAAGUAUAUUACGUAGGGGAAGUUUUAUUUUAGUUCAAUUUUUUAUAGCUGAACCUACACCUCUAGCGAAUUGUUUGUUUUUAAUUGUUGAAUGUGUACCAUACCAAAAACUAAACCAUUUUAAACUUACGUUGGUAUGAUUAAAAUGAAAAAUUUCGGCAGGUAAGAUGGGGUUAUCGGUAGCUCACCUUUGAAUUGGUUGCGUUUGUACCCAUUUUAACCUUAAAUAUGUACAGAGGUUCUAUUUUCCUAAGAGCACUCAUGACAUUUGUACUUGCCGGAUCACAUUGCUUAAAUUUCUAUUGUUCUUGUUGCGUUCAAUCGUGCAUAGGCCUACGAUUUCGAGCAAGAUUUUGCGCAAAGGCAGCUCUCCUGUCUUCGCAACGCAGGGCGAUAAAUGUCAUUGUAGGGGGAAGUCGGGACGUGAAUCUCCGUUCCUGGAUAACCGAUAGGUGGCUUACCUCCUCGCUUACCUUGAUUUCAAAUAAGCACGAAAUCUUUUGUUUUCAAAAUCCGGGGACGUGUUUUAAUUUUUGUUUGACUAAAAUCGCCGAUUGUCGGUCUUUGUUUUUUGAUUUGUUUUCGUUGUUAAAUUUUAUAAGGGAAUGAGGGUAGUAAAUUGGGAAGAGCAGUCGGUGAUCGAAAAACAAAAAAAAAAAAAAAGUUAUUUUGAUCUGCACACAUCCGUACUGGGAGCCGAUCACAUCGCGAUGCAGAUCAGCAAAUCUUUAUUUCCCAUCAUUUUCUUUCGCUAAUAUUGUAACCCAACAAUAUAGUUGAAGAUGUGUAUCUAUGUAUAAUGUUUAGGGCAUUUUAGUAUAGCUCUUGAAGUGCAGCAUUGAACACCUGUAGUUGCUCGGGACUGCGCAUCUUGUGCCUUGGCGCCAAAAUGCGCCGGUCUCCCCUAGCUGUAUUUUUCGAAAUAUGUAACUAUUAUAAAUAUUGGAAAUGGGUACUACCAUUACUGGUUUAUAUUUAGUUUUUGUUUUUGUUUAAAUAUUUCUGUAGAACGAUUAGGGAGAGCGGCGUAAAUUCUCACCGCAAGUUAGUCAUUCGGAGCCAAAGUAUCGUAGCAUCGUAAUAUUACUCUGUCCCUGUUUUCGGGCCUCUCUCUAAUCGAUAUAACCGAAUGUAAUAUUUCUUCUUAUCAAUUAUAUACAUAAUAAGAGAAAACAAAAAAAGAGAAAUCUGUUAGUUUUUAGAAUUGUGUUCUGGUAAUUGACGCCUUUUCUUCGACGGGCGUCUAGUUUUAGAUAAUUUUUUGAGAGAAAACCAUCGCAUAUCUGAUACAGUUUAUAUUUUUUGAAGUGCUUCUUUGGUCGUUUCAAAACUUAAUUGUGUGUCUGUGUGUGUUGGACGUGUGCGUGUGCGGAUGUCUCAGUUGAUCAAAAUUCUGUUGUGCUCUAAAAUGUGAAACUUUUCCAUUCAUCAGUGUAUAUUCAAUCGCACCUAAAUCAGUCAUAAUGAAGCACAGCAAAAGUUUCCACCAUUAGUUUCAGUCUUGCCAUCUGCUAAAUUAGGAACUAACCUCAAGAAAGGUGCUGUUGAAUUUAUUGUAUUUCCAUCAUUUUUUAUUGUAUGUUGUAAUUAAUACUGCAAUAAUUUUAUAUAAACGUAUCGUCGUAACUCGUUCACUUCAUUAGUUUGAUUUUUCCUUUGAUUUCUUUCCAUUGAAUUAAUUAUAUUGUGCAUACGUAAUAAAGUGAACUUGUUAUUAAAAAUAUUUCAUAACGGAGUAAUGCAAUAAUUAAAGGCGACUUUAAUUAUUGUAGUGCUUUUAUUUUAUUUAGCUGCAUUAGUGAUUGGUGUAAUAGUUUCGGGCAUUGAUCAUUUAAAAAAAAAAGUAAAUUUGCCAAUCACUGUAUGCACCUGAAGAUGUUAGUGUGUAGCAUAACCUUUUAUUUUAGUGCCUAUUAAAACUAGUAUAAUUUGACCUUUUGCCUUAUCAAACGUUACAUGUAACCAUCUUUGUAUGUUGUUUACAUAGAAAUUUUCAUCAAUGUAACAUAUUCAAUUGACUCAAUUAUUACGAAAUAAUGCAGUUUGUGGCUUAAUUAAUUCAUAGUUUAAUUAUUAUUAUAAUGAAAAAAACUUGAAAAAAUUAAAAAACAGAAAUGUGAAAAUGUUUUGUUCAGUUCUAUUAGGUCAGUGUACAAUACUUACAAACUUAUCAAGACAUAAUAAAAUAAUUCAUCGUCAUCAAAAUCAUUAAAUUAAAAAAAAUAUAAAUAAAACUGGUGUACUUGCUAAGCAGUUUGUUAGUUUUCAUAUUUUAUAAACCAAUACAUACUAACCUGAAUCAGGAAACUUAAUAAGUUUGACAUUAAACUAAAUAAAGCAAGUACAAAACA